GGAUCCUCCUAACCUGAUAGUAGGCUAUUUCUGCAGGCUCGCAGGCUGCACAAAGUCUCAGGACAAUGUAGUGGAGAGAAGAGGAUCUCCUCUACCGGGAAGAGCUGGGGAUGCAUGGACACGGCUAUGGGUGACCGGCUAACAUAAAUGCCAUUUUGCAACUACAAAUGGAGAAUGGCUGUAUAUACCAAAAGUGGGAGUGAGUGAGUUUUUGGGGGCCACAUGAUGGACACUGCGGAGGUAAUUCUCUCUGUGUUGGUGGCAGUGAUUAUUAUUGUGUCGUUGCUGUCCAAUGUGCUGGUGCUGAUUUGUUUUCUGUACAACCCGGAGAUCCGCAAGCAAGUCCCCGGUCUGUUCACCCUCAACCUCACCUUCUGCAACUUGUUGCUGACCGUAUCCAACAUGCCGCUGACUUUGGUGGGACUCGUCAAUAAGGGUCAGCCCGGAGGCGACAGCUUUUGCCAGAUAGUGGGCUUUCUGGAAACCUUCCUGUCCACCAACUCGAUGCUGAGCAUGGCAGCUCUGAGCAUCGACAGGUGGAUCGCCGUGGUCUUCCCUCUGAGGUACCACUCCAAAAUGCGCCACAAAGAUGCGGCGUUCGUGCUGGGAUACACGUGGGCGCACUCCAUGUCUUUCUCCACGGUGGCCACCUGCCUCUCCUGGGUGGGAUAUCACCGGCUUUACGCGUCCUGCACCCUGUCCAACCCGAGGGCGAGCAGUCGGACCCAAUUUGUUAUCUUUACUGUGUUUUUCCACUCCUUCACCUUUCUCCUGUCUUUUAUAGUGUUGUGUGUGACAUACCUCAAAGUGCUCAAAGUGGCGAGGUUCCACUGCAAAAGGAUCGAUAUUAUUACAAUGCAAACUUUAGUGCUGCUGGUGGAUAUACACCCCAGUGUUCGCCAGCGCUGUCUGGAGGAGCAGAAGAGGAGACGCCAGAGAGCGACGAGGAAGAUCAGCACCUUCAUCGGCACCUUCAUGCUCUGCUUUGCUCCCUAUGUGAUCACAAGGAUUGUGGAGUUAUUUCCAGCGGUGCCUAUCAACCCUCACUGGGGAAUUGUCUCCAAGUGCUUGGCUUACAGCAAGGCAGCCUGUGACCCCUUUGUGUACUCUCUGCUCCGACACCAAUACAGGAAGACGUGCACUGACAUCAUCAACAGGCUACUGAAGCGUAGCUCCUUAAAUGCAUCUGGGCGCAGGCAUGAGAACCGGGGCAACAGCAUACAGACUGCGAGUGACAGGGGAGCCGAGUGA